AUGACUGACUCAGGAGAAAUGCUGAUGGCCAGCAGAUCGCGAAGGUCUAAUGCUGGCAAUAAAAUGCAGAAGCUGAUAGACCAGGAGCGGCAGGAGCUUCAAGAAAGGACAGCAGCGCUUGAUGAGGACGAAAUCAACCUUUUAUUUCAAGAGGAAGAAGGUGACGAGGAGUUCACUGCAGAUGACAAGCGUCGGAAAGAUGAUGAUGAAGUGUUUUCAAACUCCGAAGACGAAAGUGACGCAGAAGAUGAUGAGGAAGAAGGCGAAAGAGAGCUUCAACAGCAGGAGCGAAAGAAGCGAAAGCUUUCACAGAAGAAGAAGAUACCAGUGGUGAAAAAGCGCCCUAAUAUUGAGACAGCAGCCAAGCCUCAGUAUGAACAGCCUAAAGCCGAAAGCUUGCUCUUAGGUAGCCGAAGAACCUCUAAAAGAUCGUCCGUUGUCGCCAAUAAACUUCAGGUAUAUGAAAAGCUUGCAAAGGCAGAGAAAAAGAGAGUACAGAUUCAAGACCGCCUUAGGAAGAGCAAAGCAAAUUUAGCGUAUGUGGAGCUCACUCAAGAGGAUAGGCUGCGCCAAGCGGAAGAGACGGAGAAGAUAAAUUUACAGAGUCUUAAUAAAUUCAAAGAGGAAGAGAUCUACAAAAAGGAGACCAGAAUUGCAUUACAACUCCGGAAAAAAGCCAAGUUCGCCAUGGGUGAAAUUAUGAUAAGGAUCAACACGUUGGGGUGGAGAUUGACGCCUCUUAUGGAGGUGGAAGACAGGCAAUUUUGGGAACAGCAGCUUUCAAAGAGACAUAAAAAGAAGAAGAAGUACACUAGGAGAAAGAAAGACAAAUCAACAGAAGCUGUAAGUGAGGGCUCUAAAACAGUCCCCGAUGGAACGAAAGAAACUAAUCAGAGCCCUGAGAAUGAGGGCAAACGUGAAACAGAACACAGCAAGCAGCCUCUUCCCGCAGAUUCUGAUUCGAGUGACAAGCUAAUUGCUCCCAAGCUAGAAGACAGCAAAUUAGAGGAAACAGAGACAAUGUCUGCGGCCGAGGAGAGCCCAGAGCCAGCUGAAAUGAAGAUUAAUGAGAAAGGUUCACAUGAGGACAAGACGAUUAACGAGGAGAGUGAUGCCGUUCAUGAGCAAACGGGCAGCGAUCACAAGGACCACGAUCAAAGUACAAACUCGGAAAGUAAGUUCGAAAUCCCAAAUAAAACCGAAUUCGCUGCUGAGAAUGGCGAGCACACCGAUGUAGCUUCGAGAGCUGGAACACCUAAUGCUCUUCCAAUAGAAGAACUCCAAUCUUCGCCAGUUCUUUCGACAGAAGAAAAUGAAAAUAAAAGCUUGCCGAAACAAGUCUCUUUUGCAGCUGAAAACGAAGUCACUAAGUUUGAUUCUUCAGAACCUGCAAACACUGUGCCAUCUAGAGAGCAGUCAGUUGAAUCAGAAUUAUCAAGGCAGACAUCUAAAGAGCCCACUGAGCAAGACGAAAAAGACGAAACGGACGCUUCAGAAAUUUAUGAAGGGCCAGAACAACUAGUUGGACGAAACUUCAUCACGCUAUAUGCCUACCCCGAAGAAAAUCCAAAAGUCCACGAUGUGAGGCCAUAUAUUUUUGGCCCCCAGUGGAUGCAGCCUCUUAACUCUCGUUCAGAAGAUGUUGAAACUAUUGCAAAAAUAUACAACAACCAAGAUGAAAGCAACUGGUCUGAUGUUGGCUCCUCCUUGAUACCCGACUUGUCAGCACUUGAAAAGUUUCCCGCAUUUGGAGAAUAUGACAAAAAGCUUUCAACAGAAGUCGCAGAGGAGACAGACACGAGACUUCAGCUCGAAAUCAAAACUCCAGCUCCAGCUGGUGUGUUUUUGCCAAAUGGUAUACGGAAGAAGUGUCUGAUUACAAAUCGGGAUUGCCAGUACUUCGAUCCGAAGAACGGUGUGCCGUAUGCAGAUGUUGAGGCGUAUAAGACGGUUCAAGAAUUACAAGACCCAAUUGGCGAUGGAGGUAGUGAAGAAGAGCCGCGCCCGCAGUACAAAUGGUUUGGAUUUGCGCGUGGUGGUAUAUUCCUUGACGUCCGUCAGAAGCCUGCCAAAGGUGUCCCCGAAGGUUUUUAG